UGGCUAUCUUCAAGAUGGCAACCUAUCUCUCAAAUCGCAGCUACCUUCGCUGGGACUCUCCCGGUGUUGAAGAUGUCCCUGUUGAUGAGGAAGCAGAUAUUCAAGCUGUUGCCGAACAGAUUAACAAGAUGCAACGCCAGCAGUUUAACAACCACCGACAUGUCUACACCGGCACGCACUGCCGCACACAUGGCAUCGUCAAGGGCACCUUUACCGUUCUCGACGGACUGCCAGAAUACCUCCGACAAGGCGAGAUCUUCUCCAAAGAAGGAGGCAAGUUCCCUGUCGCAUGCCGCUAUAGUACCGAGCCUGGCGAUCCAGGCCUGGACGAUCGUGUCCCGGCUCCGCGAGGCUUCUCGAUGAAGGUAUUCGAUGUGGAGGGCGAUUUUUUGGAUGCAGGCAAAGACACGCCCACCCAAGAUUUCGAAUUCAAUAACACGCCUGCCAUUGAGCUCGCCAAUGCCAAAGUCACACGGGAGAUUUUCGACAUUCGCCUCAAGGUGGGCGACGACAAAGACGCCAUGGAUCGCGAGCUCGAAGCCCGUGACGACACGGACCUGCAAAAGGCUCGCUUCAAAGUCCCGAACAAACACCUGGCCACCUAUCGACAGUACUCACAGUCGGCCUUUCGAUUCGGCGACUAUGUGUUCAAAUUCAGCAUCGUUCCCAGGGCAGAGACGCAGCUGCUGCUCGGCGAUAAAUCUGUACAGCCAGACCGCGACGGGGAAGAUGUCCUGCAUAAAUGGCUCCAAAUUUUCCAUGCCACACACACGGCCAUGUACGAUUUCCAAGUGCAGCUCCUGGAGAAUCUCAAGGAGCAGAGCGUAGAGUACUCCGGAACCGAAUGGGACGAGGGGAAGUUUCCCUGGCAAACGGUUGCGAUGUUGGAAAUUCCCCCACAAGAGGCAUUUGAUCUUGAGAGGAAGGCAUUCUGGGAAGAUCAUAUGCGGUUGGAUCCAUGGCAUGGGUUGGGGGGCUACCAGCCUUUAGGUGUUUCUAAUCGUCUGCGAAGAGGAGUUUAUCCUGCGAGUAGUGCUUUGAGGAGGGAGUUGAAUGGUAGAAGGGAGAUUGCUGUGAAGAGUAUAGGUGAGAUUCCAUGAAUGACCUUGCGAACAAAAUCACCCCAAUGCUCAAAUUUCUCCAUGUUUUUCGCGGGUGUGUUGACCUUGCGAUGUGCACCUGGUUUGCGAGACACAGCAAUCCACCUUCCAGUCAUCGCGGCUCCAUCAUCACCGGACUGACCAUUGUCUUUAUCACGAUUAAACGGCC